AUGUCCGAGCAACACGUUUCAUCAUCAGGUUCUGGUGAUGGAGAUUCAACAGCAUCUAUCUCAAAAAGAAAUAUAGAACAUAUCAAAGAAAAAUCUUAUGGUGAAUUUACCACCGACGGGAUUAACCGUCUUGAUUCUUCGAAGUCUAAAAGUAUUUUAGCAGAUUCUAAUUAUAAUAAAAAGAGUUCAAUUUUUACCAGAUUUAUAGAUUCAUUCAAACCUCCAGAAGAAAAUGCACAUCCAGAUGAGGACGACGAUGAAGAUUUGGAAAGUGUUAAUACAAGAAGAACCUUUGCUACUGAUAGAAACUUGAAAAAGGCUAUGAAAUCACGUCAUGUGGUUAUGAUGUCUCUUGGUACUGGUAUCGGUACAGGUUUGUUAGUGGCAAAUGCAAAAGGUUUACAUUAUGGUGGUCCCGCCUCUUUGGUCAUCGGUUAUGGUCUUGUCUCCUUCAUUACUUACAUUAUGAUCCAAGCAGCUGGUGAAAUGGCUGUCACCUAUCCAACUUUACCUGGUAAUUUCAAUACCUAUUCUUCCAUAUUUAUCUCUAAACCUUUUGGUUUUGCUACUGUCUGGCUUUUCUGUAUACAAUGGCUAACCGUUUUACCGUUGGAAUUGAUUACUUCUUCAAUGACUAUUCAGUACUGGAACGAUAAAAUUGAUGCAGACGUGUAUAUCGUUAUCUUCUAUGUCUUCUUAUUAUUUAUUCAUUUUUUUGGUGUUCGUGCAUACGGUGAAGCUGAGUUCAUUUUCAACAGUUGUAAAGUACUCAUGAUUGCAGGUUUUAUCAUCUUUUCCAUUGUUGUCAAUUGUGGUGGUGCAGGAAAGGACGGUUAUAUCGGUGGUAAGUACUGGCACGAUCCAGGUGCAUUUGGUAGCGAUGAUUCUAUUGGUAGAUUUAAAGACGUUUGUUACGUUCUUGUUACUGCAUACUUCUCCUAUGGUGGCACAGAAUUAUAUGUGUUAUCCGUCAACGAACAGGAAAAUCCAAGAAAAUCAACUCCAACUGCAGCAAAGCAAUCCAUUUACCGUAUUUUGAUCAUUUAUCUAUUGACCAUGAUCUUAAUUGGUUUCAAUGUCCCACAUAACAACGAUCAAUUAAUGGGUUCCGGGGGUUCUGCUACUCACGCCUCCCCAUAUGUCCUUGCUGCAUCCAUUCAUGGUGUUAGGGUCGUUCCUCAUAUUAUCAAUGCAGUUAUCUUGAUCUCGGUCGUAUCUGUCGGUAACUCUUCAUUAUAUGCAGCUCCUAGAUUAUUAGCAUCAUUAGCGGAACAAGGCUUUGCUCCAAAAUUUUGGGCUUAUAUUGACAGACAAGGUAGACCGCUAUGGGCUCUAUGUACUUGUGCUGUCUUUGGUCUUAUUGCCUUUUCUGCGAGCUCCUCCCAAGAGGAACAAGUCUUCACUUGGUUAGCCGCCAUUGCCGGUCUUUCUGAAUUAUUCACAUGGUCCUCUAUCCUAUUAAGUCACAUUAGAUUUAGAAUGGCCAUGAAAGUACAAGGCAAAGAUCUGGAUGAGUUAGGUUAUAAAGCAAAUACUGGUUUCUGGGGAUCUGUCUACGGUGUAUUUUUCAACAUUUUAGUGUUUAUUGCACAAUUUUGGGUGGCAUUGGCUCCACCAUCAGGUUCAAUGACCGCUGAGGGGUUCUUUGAAAGCUAUUUGGCUUUCCCAAUUUGGCUUGCUUUUUACUUUGGUUAUAUGAUCUGGAAAAGAGAUUGGACAUUCUUAACUAAACUAGACGAAAUCGACUUGGAGACUCAUAGAAGAAUAUAUGACCCAGAACUAAUGAGGCAAGAAGAUAUGGAGAAUAAAGAAAGAGUCAAGAAUGGUUCGAUAUGGGUCAAAUUGAAAUAUUUCUGGUGUUAA